AUGGCAUCUCAAAAUAAUUUCAACUUCCCAUACUUUCCUUCACUCCCUUAUCACCCUUAUCAGCCACCACCACCUCCAGCAGCAAAGCCACCUCGUCCUCCAGUACAGCCGCCGCCACUCCCGCCUCAUCCUCCAGUGCAGCCGCCGCCUCUCCCUCCCCGUCCUCCAUCACCAGACAAUCAUCCAACUGUUAUUGUCGUUGUGUUCAUAUCAGUCGGCGGCGUUUUCUUCCUCGCAUUCCUUGCAGCCGCUCUCUUUUGCUUCCUUAAGAAGAGGAAGAAGAAAACCGUACAAGAAACGGACAUCAUUCAUUUCAACGAGCAUAAGAAGAUAAAAGAGGCCAUUGUGGAGGGCCCUCAUGGAAUAGAGACUGUGGUCUUAUCAGUUGAGGAUGAUAUCCAUAUUGAUGAAGAAAAACAGAAGAAUGAAAAGGUUGGUGAAGGUUUACAUGCCAAGUCUGUGGAAGGGAAUAUUGCUUCUUCUGGUUCUCGUUAG